UACUGAAGUUUCUGGAUGAUAAAGCAGGGAUGAGGAAGUGGAGUGUCUCACGACAUAUCUGUGGGUCAGGCUAGGAUGCGUUUCCAGAACACAUGGUUUAUUUACAGACAUCUGUUCAUCUGGCAACUACAACACAGAGAGAGUGAAGUGGAUGCUUUGUUUGCCUGGUAUCUUGGAGACGGUAACUGCGGACGGGCAGGUGUGUGAGGUGAGAGGGAGUGUUUUCCUGAGUGUGGGUCUGAAAACACACACACACACUCUGCUGACUGCAUCCUGAGAGCGAGGAGUUCGUGGGAGGAAGACUGACAGAGGAGCCCGUUCUCUGGAGAUGACGCUGUGAAAACAACUAACCGGCCAAUAGCAACGAUCACAGCCACCAUGGCCUACCUGGUCCACACCGCACACGCUCAGUGCCUGGGCCUAUGGGUGGGCACGGUGGGCUGGAUCCUGACUGGCGUGGCACUGGGAUUGGUCCAGUGGCGGGUGUGGCAGGUAGACGACCUCUCCGUGAUCUCCUCUGGAGUGGUCUGGGUGGGCGUGUGGAGAGUGUGUUUCUACAGCCACGUCCGGGUCACCCCGGAGUUCAAAGUCAUGUACUGCCAGAGAAUGGGACUGGCUGAAGACUACACGCCUCCCGAAGUCGCGGCCGCACAGGUGCUCAUGCUGGUGGCGCUGGGGGCGGGGCUAUGCGGGAACGCCUUCGGCGUGUACGGCCUGAGGAGCAUCUACUUCGGACUGGAGAAGAACGCUCCUGUCCGGAGCGUCUUCACCGCGGCGGGCGCCUUCUGCCUGCUAGCUGCCACGCUGGCUCUAGUGCCGCUGCUGUGGAACCUAAACUCUGUGGUGACGAACCAAACCAUCGCCUUCCCGACGCAGUUUUACAUGCCGCAAGCCCCAGUCGAGCAGCACACCGGCCCGGCUAUCGGAGUCGGUAUUGUAGCCUCCACGCUGCUCAUCGCCAGCGGGGUCAUCUUUUUCUCUUACCGGCUGCCGGACCGAGGAGGCCGCAGCGUAGAGCCUUUCUCGGCGGAGACGACAAUGGAUAUGUCUCGCGACUCUGUAGAGACGGAUCGGUACACACCGAGGCCGUCACAGGCUCGGGACAACCCCGCCUUUCAGUCAGACGAGAACUUGUAAACAGUCAUGAACGAUGCUCUGGAUCUGAAUCCAAGUCCUUCAGGUGUGAAGAACAUUUCGGUGUUGAUUGAGGACGAUCAUUUAAUGAUCUGAUGAAUGAUGAACAUGUAGCAAACUAUUUUACCAUUAAUAAGAAAACAUAUAGGCCUAUGUUAUUAGUAAUAUACAGCCUGCUUCUGUUUUUUUGCAGCGUUUUAACCGGUCAAUGUAUCG